AUGCCGUCCCGCAACUCCACUAUCCCAAACCUGGACCUGAAGUCCCUCAAGGUCGAGUUUAACAGUAGGAGAAUGUCCACUUCAUUCGCGCCCGGGUUGCAGAGCCCUGAUGCUCUCAGCCCGCUGACCCCGCGAUCUCCACGGUCCGCUUCUACUUCGCCAUUUUUCAAGGGUGCGACCAUUCGUCCUGUGACAGAAGACUCAAGCCAAGCCUCGACCAGUCCCACGAUGGCACCCAAGUCGCCCGCUUUGUCACCAUCCGAGCUUGAGCCUGAGCCCAACACCCCUGGCUUUACCGCAAUCCCGCAACAAUUCCCCUCCCCGAAGGAUGCGUCGAAGAAUUCACACGGCCGCGAUGCGUCCAAAUCAUUCUUCGGCAAUCUCAAAGCACCCAAAUCAUCUCAUCGGUCACAACGUUCCGACAGCUCGGAGAACUCCACAGAGCCACCCAAAAGCCGCGGGAGUUCGCGAGAUCGAAAAACGAUGCCCAAGUUUCACGAGUCGACCCCCGACUUACCUGCUCUCCUUGCAAAGCAGCAGACAGUGAAAGUGGUAUGCCACUUCCCCCCUCCCCCCCUGUCGAUAGGGGAAAAUGCGCCGCAAACGAUCGCACAUUCUAAACUGGCUAGUGAGACGGAACCUGUGCCGCUGAAAAAGAGCAAGCCGCGAUUUGCGAAUCUGUUAACCCGUUCACGAUCCAUUCGGGUGGAUGAUAAUUCUACAACACGAGGCUCUGGUCGUCGCCCAUCCACCGGCCUCGCAAGGUUAGAGGAGUUCAAGCCAGUCGAUUCUACAACCCCUCUAUCAGCUAUGCCUCGUCCUGCCCCCGCACGGCCCGAGCGACCUACUGAAGGAGGCCUGUAUCCGCCCUCACGUCACAUGGAAGCUACGUCUCCAAGGAAGGACAGAGUGCAAGGGGGUAACAUGGUCCAUUCUGGCUCUUUUAGCCACGUCUCGGGAGCUUCAGCAGCCAUCCUGAACAAUCUCAAGCAGUCCUCAAGUGGGGCUGCCGAUCGUAUCGGCAAAGCGGGCAAAGGCUUCUUCGGCAAGAUCACCCGGAGUGGUAGUACGAAUGAGCGAGAGCUGAUCAACGAUGACAACUACGUAUGCUCGGUCAUCAACCUACCCCUCAUCGAGCAGGCGAGGAAAACCCGCAUCGCGAAGAAACUGGAUGGCUGCAGAGACAAGACCGAGUUUUGGAUGCCUGCUCUCCCGUAUCGAUGCAUUGACUAUCUCAACUUCAAGGGAUGUGAGGAAGAAGGUCUCUACCGUGUCCCCGGCAGUGGCCGUGAGGUCAAACAUUGGCAGCGUCGGUUCGAUUCGGAAUUGGACGUGAGCCUUUUUGACGUACCAGACCUUUAUGACAUCAACACCGUGGGCUCCUUAUUCAAGGCCUGGCUUCGCGAGCUGCCGGACGAGCUGUUCCCCAAAGCGACCCAGGACAUGAUCGCCGAGAAGUGCGAGGGAGCCACCACCGCCCCACAGCUGCUCAAGGAUGAGCUUUCGAAACUCCCGCCGUACAACUACUAUCUCCUCUUCGCUAUCACUUGCCACCUAAACCUGCUUCAUUCCUACGUGGACCAAAACAAAAUGGACUACCGUAACCUCUGCAUCUGCUUCCAACCUUGCAUGAGAAUUGACGCAUUCUGCUUUCAAUUUCUAGUUUGUGACUGGAAAAACUGUUGGCAGGGUUGCUGGACCGAAAAGGAAUGGAUGCAAAAGGAAAAGGAGAUGGAUGAGAAGGAGCAAAUGGCCAUUGAAGAGAAGACGACGGGGAUGAACCAUGAUUCUUCUCACUUGUCCUCCAAGCAUGAGCGCGCGGUGUCGUCUGGAUCCAGCUCUCGAUCUGAUGAGGACAAGCCCCGUCCCCAAACGGCGCGGCUCCGAAAGGCCCGACCGGCGAACAUUGAGACCGCUCACGCACGCAGCGUUUCUCAGCUCCCCGAAUUAGGACCGCCCCUAUCACCCAUCAAAAUCUGA